AUGAUAAGAGGAAGACCAUUUACUCACCAACGUCCAACCAAACCCACCCUAAAACAGGGAACGAUUUCAGGGCCACUAAUAAGAUUUGUGGCAACAGGUGUGGAGAGCACCAAAAGGUGUUUCGUUGGGGCUCAUAGUCCUGCACAGUGGCCUGACUGCAACCGAGUGGUGGAGGCCAUCUUCACAAGGCUCUGUGCUCUCUACUCAAACGCGGUGCGCUGUGACGGAGUAAGGGUGUCCCGCUUCACAAUGGUAGCACGUGCUUACAGGCACAUCCGAGAGUGCAUCCUCACCAAUGCUAAGGUGAUGAGUGAGACCACCAUCCAGCUCCCAGAAGUGAACGCUGCAACAGUCACACAAUGGUUCAGCAGGCGUUGCAAGUCACAGGAACAGGGGAUUUUGAAGCAGGGUAUCCAAUCCCCAGACGCACCCAUGGCAGCACCUGAGAAGCUUCCUGCGGCUAUGCAGAAAGAACCAACUCUCUAUUCAGGCAAUUUGGCUGAGCCUCACCUUUUCAUCCUGCCACCAAACACUGCCGGGGAGGCAAAACUGAAGGGGAGGUCGCAACCUCAGGCCAUCUCCCAGGCUCCACCUGUCAUGCUAUGCCACCAUCAGUUCAGACUCAGACAUCCAGUCAAGCUGUUUCCUUACUCCACUCAGCAACAAAGAAAGAGAAAACAGAAGAGGGAGGAGGACACUGGAACCAUCACAAGAAAAUAUGUGAGGAAGACAGACGUCAUUCUUUGCAAAAAAUGUAACAACGAGAGAAAGCCACCAUCAAAUCUUCAGUACUUUGGCAACUGGUACUGCAAAGAGUCUGAGACUCAAUCAUAUGAUGAAUGGAGGGCUGUGCUGGAGGAACGAGGUUAUAGGAAAAACAAACGAACAGGAAAUGACAACCCUCCAGCUCCUUAA